GUCCCCGAUUGUUCGACCUCGCAAACGCGCAGGCUAGUAAUCCCGCCAAAGAAGAUGAUAUCAUAUUCAGGAACACGGGCCCAAGAUUGACGGUCAUCGGUUAAAGAAUAAUUGCUUCGGGGCUACGCCAUAUGAUCGAAAGUUCCGACCAAAUACCCCGUAGGGAAAAUAAACAAAAAAAAAAAACAAGAAGCAAAAAAAUGCCAUCACCAAUUCGCAAUGGGCGCAGUGCCACUUCUUCACAAAGGACAAGACAGGAACGAAGUCGUGGAUUUGAUUGGUGCAGGGCGAACCAGCAAACAUGUUUCACAGCCCACGCCAACGAGGGGGUGGGGGCUCUGGGAAGAGGUUGUUACUCAGGGUGCGGCUAAAAUAAGGGCUGGCACAGCUGGGUUGCAUCUGCAUCGCCCCACGCGCUUACUGUCUGGGUACCUUACGUACCCUACCUGUCGAUCGAUCUUGGGGAACUUGGCAAACCGAAAGACCACACGGAGAGAAAGUCGCAAGGCUCGCUUUUUCGUCAUGUUGACUGUUGAGUCUCUGGGGCUUUCACCUAGUAAGGUGCUGAUGGAGGCUCAGCCCGGGAGGUGAGAUUCCUCUUUGGUUCCUUCUUUGUCAUUAUAUAUGAAGCCAGGCAGGCGUCUUUCCAGGUUGUCAUUAGGAAGCUUUUGCUAUCCAGACAACAUUCAACAUCUCGACGAUUGUAAACAAACCAAAACCAAAAAAAAGACAUUACCUAUCUGCCUACCCAAACACCAACCAUUCGCCUUUUCCAACACUUUAAAUUUUUCAGCUCAACAUGAAGACGACAGUCUCUCUCCUCAUGGCCCUCGCAGCCCUGGCCAACGCGCACAGCUUCUUCCAGCAGCUCGAGCUCAAAAAGGACGGCAACCAGUGGAACAUGAUGAAAGUCGGCGAGGGCGUCCGCGUGCCAGAGUCCAAAAACUCGCCCAUCUGGUUCACCCCUCACAAGUCGUGGGAGUUUCUGCCUUGCAACGGUGGCGACAAUGCGCUGAAGAAGACCGACGUCGUGGUCAACGUCAACACCGGAGACGAGAUCCACGCCAUCUGGCGCCUGCUUCACAACAGCGGAAGCAGCCCGGAUGAGAUUAUCGACAAGAGCCACAAGGGUCCCGUGAUCGCCUACAUGAAAAAGGUGGAAAACGCCGCCACCGACCCCGGUUCCGGCGACGGCUGGUUCAAGAUUCAGCAGGACGGCUGGAAGGAUGGUCCCAAGGGGGAGCAGUGGGGUGUCGACCGCUUGAGGAAGAACAAGGGCAAGCAGCAGAUUAUCAUUCCGGAUUGCAUCGAGCCUGGAAACUACCUACUACGGGCCGAGAUCAUUGCUCUGCACGAGGCCGCACAAGCAGGGAAAGGCCCGCAAUUCUACAUGUCAUGCGCUCAGCUCAAGGUCAACACCAGACCAGGCUCAAAAGCCACCGUCAAGAAGCCGGCCAAAACCUAUGACAUGACCAAGGUUUACAACAAGGAUGUGCCGGGCCUGACAACCGACAUCUACAACACCAUCACCAAGUAUGAAGUACCAGGAGGGGAGGAGUUCAAGUGUUCGGUCUAAGUUUUGUUUGUGUGGUUGUGGAUAUAUCAUCCGAUGUUCCUGAUCUUUGGGGUUUCCGGCGCAUGGUUGGCUGGUUGGUUGCAUUGGGUUGGCGUUGGGUGACGGGGCAUUUUGUUUGGUUUCAGUCUGAAAAGUUUCUUUCUAGACUAGAAUCUAGUCGUGUUUGAACUCGUAUAAAAC